AUGGGUCGCUCUCAGGAGCUCAGUGAACUCAAGCGUGGUCCCGUGAUAGGUUGCCACCUGUGCAAUAAGUCCAUCCGUGACAUUUCCUGGCUACUAAAUAUUCCACGAUCAACUGUUAGUGGUAUUAUAACAAAGUGAAAGCAACUGGGAACAACAGCAACUCAGCCAUGAAGCUGAAGCGCACAGAAGUCGCCAACUAUCUGCAGAGUUAAUAGCUAAAACUUCAUGUGGUCUUCAGAUUAGCACAACAACAGUGAGUAGAGAGCUUCAUG